UCGCGUCAGUCGCGCGAGAGCCUUCUGCGGGGGAGGUGCCUCGCUCUCACUGCCAUUAGUUUUUAAAAACAUACAGCAACCCCCUCAUCACUCUCGGACGCGUUUUGUGACGACCUUUUUUUUUGUUUAACGUCAACGUACAGUUUUCGCGCGUGCUGUGUUUAUUAUAAUUAUAAACCAUCGUACGAUAAUAUAAUCAUUGUGGAUAAUUGUCCUGUAAACUCGUCGCUCCCUCGUAAUAAUUUUAUCCUGACACAGGAGCGUGAGUGAGAGACUCCCUUACUCGACAUCUUCGAUCGGCUACCUACCACUACGCUAUUCUUCGCUCGGGUAACAGUGGCUUUUGUCUAUAAGCCUUGCACACACACGCCUUGCUCUAAAGAAUACUAAUUUUGUAUCACAGUCUUUCAUAUUAUUUUUAUAAUUCUCGUAUCCACUCAUCGAAUAAACAAUCACUCGUAUGUUUCGCGUGCACGUGUACGAAGCGAAUGGACAUUUUUUUGAAAACUCGUGUUUCGGUCGUGCAUGUAAACGUGUGAAAAUUAGUGUUGCUCGGUAAGAAAAGGAAAAGAAAAGUGCUUCGUCGCUCGGGCCCGUCUUCACUGAAGAUUUGGACGACCAGGGGGAUUCCGAGAUCGUGAGGAUCAUCGAAAAACGCUUGAAUCAGUGUAAACGUGGUGGCCUCUUUGAGAUUUAAAUUCCACGGACCUUGGGCGAUUUAAAUGGGCUGUAAAAGCAUUCCAGCAGGUGCUAUGGGUCGAGCCCGGAUUUCCACGAGCAUGCGAGGUUCACCUGCGACUUGGUUUGAUGCUAAAAGUCCACGCUGAUUUCGACGCUGCCCUCAAGCAUCUCACCUUAGCCCUCAUCGACGCCACGACGCCGGCGUCUUUCACGAAGCUUGAGAUCAAGUUUCACGUAGCUCACCUGUACGAGGUCCAAGGAAAGUAUCGUUUGGCAAAGGACCACUACGAGUCUCUACUGAAGGAGAAGUCCUUACCGUCUCAUCUAAAGGCGGACAUCUGCAGACAGUUAGGAUGGAUGUACCAUGUUGUUGACUAUGCUGAUUUGGGUGUAACGAGACAGCAGAAACAAGUAAUAGCCAUACACUGUUUACAAAAGUCCAUCGAAGCUGAGCCAAAGAGUGGACAGAGUCUAUACUUAUUGGGACGCUGUUUAGCAGCAUCUGGAAAGGUUCACGAUGCCUUCAUUGCUUAUAGAAACUCUGUGGAAAAAUCAGAAGGCAACGCCGAUACCUGGUGCAGCAUAGGUGUACUAUAUCAACAACAAAAUCAGCCUAUGGACGCACUCCAAGCUUACAUAUGUGCCGUACAAUUGGAUAAAUCGCAUUCUGCCGCCUGGACCAAUCUUGGUAUCUUGUACGAGAGCGUGAGCCAGCCGAAGGAUGCUCUUGCCUGUUACGUCAACGCAUCCAGGGGCAACAACAACACACCUAGUUGUACGGGGUCGCUGACCGGUCUGGGUGGUGCCAAGUCGGGUGGAAACGCACCGAUGAACCCAUCCCUUCAGCAGCGAAUUAAUUUUCUUCAGAGCCAUCUAAGCCAAGCACCGAUGCCUUCGAUAGCUACAAAGAGGCGGCAGUUGCCGUCUAUAGAAGAGGCCUGGAAUCUGCCGAUCAGUGCAGAGAUGUCUAGUAGACAGCAACAACAGCAACAACCUCCCGGUGGACCAGGAUAUAAGUAUACAGCUGCACCUGCUGGUCCACCACCUCCUUAUCCGCAAGGACAGGGUCAAAAUUUAAACACAAAGAGAUUCAAGCCGGGAGAGGAACCCAUAUCCCCUGGUGCGCAACAACAACAAAGGCCACCGCCGUUCUAUUUGUCGCCGCAACAGUUACAAAUGUUGCAGUUUCUACAACAGAAUCAUGGUAGCCUGACGCCACAGCAACAGGGCUUGUUAGCUCAAUUGCAACAUCAGUACAGAUCUAUGCAACAGCAUCAACAACAAGUUAGGUUACAGCAGCAGCAGGCGGCACAGAGGGGUCUUAGGCCUGGACAGCCUGGUUAUCCUACGGGUUAUGCGCAUUCGCAACCAGGGCAACCGAGUGUUAUAAAAAAUUAUGGAAUUCCUCAGCAACCGCAAGGGGGAACCGUAGCUCUUCAAACUGGAUUUGCGGAUUCCAAUGUUGGCUACAAUGCUGCAGCAACUGGAAAUACUCAGCAAUCACCAGGAAUGCCGUACAAAUCAGCUGCGGAUCCAAACUAUCCUCAAAGACAACCAGGAUCUCAAUAUAAUCAGUACCAGUCGAAUCAAUACGGGGCUCAAGGAUAUACACAGAUAUCCUCCACGACGAAUAGCUAUCCCGAGGGAUCAUCGGGAAAUAAGGAUCUGGGCGUUACGGAUCAGGAACUGCAGGCACUCCUCUCGCAGAAGGAUAUCGCGACGUCCCUUGCGGAGGACCUGCUUAAGCAUUUUGGCUCGGAGGACUUGGACGUUAAGGACGAGUCGUCGGCUAUUACGAACAACGGCACCCUGAGCUCUGGUCCUUUUUCGCCGUCUAACCUUGAAGAUAGCAGUGAUAAGAUUAAGGAGGUCAAAGUGGAGAAGAUAGACGAUACGCAGUCGAUACCGUCGACGGCUAAUAAGACGGAGUCUGCCUCGCAGAAGAAGGUGGACCUCAAGCCUACGAUUUCAGUGGAGACCGUCAAGUGCGAAGCCACCUCGAGUACGAUUAAAACCGAUUCAGUUUUACGUUUCGAACCCGUGCUCAAACUCGAGAGUCUCUGCGAGUCCCAACCAGAACAGGAACUCAGUAUCGAGAUGGACUCGAAGAGCAUCAUCGAGAAUUGCAAGGGACAGGGUCUCAAGGGAGUGCCAAAUUGUUCAAUACUGAGCGACCGAUCACCACCUCCAGCCCCACCGGAUCCACCAAAUCAAAGAUUGACGAAGGAACAAUUGCUACCACCUACACCUAGUGUCUACCUGGAGAACAAGAAGGACGCUUUUAGUCCACAGCUUCAGGAAUUUUGUCUGAAGCAUCCUAUAGCGGUGAUACGUGGUAUGGCAGCGGCGCUCAAGCUGGACUUGGGUCUCUUCUCGACGAAGACCCUCGUCGAAGCCAAUCCUGACCACGGUAUCGAAGUUCGAACUCAGAUGCAGCAAACCAGCGAUGAGAACUGGGAUCCCAUGAUGGGUCGUAAAGUCUGGGGAUGCAUAAGUCACAGAAGUCACACAACCAUCGCCAAGUACGCUCAGUACCAGGCAUCCAGUUUUCAAGAAAGCCUUAAAGAGGAACGAGAAAAGUCUCAGGGUGUCCAUACAGCGAAUCUAUCGGAUUCGGACUCAAAGGACAGCACGGGUGUUGUGCGGAGAAAGAAAAAUAGUUUUGGUUUGAUGGGACGACCGGGUUCAAAGAUGUUGCGUUUCGGUACUAACGUCGAUCUAUCCGACGAGAGGAAAUGGCGGUCGCAGCUGCAGGAAUUAAUGAAAUUACCGGCCUUCGCCAGGGUUGUUUCCGCUGGGAAUAUGUUGAGUCACGUGGGGCACGUUAUACUGGGAAUGAAUACCGUCCAACUUUAUAUGAAGGUUCCUGGUAGCCGAACUCCUGGCCAUCAGGAGAACAAUAACUUCUGCUCGAUUAACAUUAACAUCGGUCCCGGGGAUUGCGAGUGGUUUGCCGUACCUGAUGCGUAUUGGGGUGUAAUAUGCGCUUUAUGCGAGCGCAAUAAUAUUAAUUAUCUGCACGGAAGUUGGUGGCCAUCCUUGGAAGAUCUCUACGAAGAGAACAUUCCCGUCUAUAGGUUUCUUCAGAGACCUGGUGAUCUAGUGUGGGUGAACGCCGGCUGCGUUCAUUGGGUGCAGGCAGUAGGCUGGUGCAACAACAUCGCCUGGAACGUCGGUCCCCUCACUGCCCGCCAAUAUCAACUAGCAAUCGAGCGUUACGAAUGGAAUAAAUUGCAGUCCUUUAAGUCCAUCGUACCUAUGGUUCAUCUCUCGUGGAAUCUUGCCAGGAACAUUAAAGUUUCUGACCCCAGGUUAUUCGAGCUGAUAAAGAACUGCCUGUUAAGAACUAUGAGGCAGUGCUGUUUAAUCCUGGAGUUCGUCAAGAGUAAAGGGGUAGAGGUAAGGUUCCAUGGUAGAGGUAAAAACGAAGCCUCUCAUUAUUGCGGCCAGUGCGAGAUUGAAGUCUUCAAUAUAUUAUUCAUACGGGAACAAGAGAAGAGACACGUGGUCCAUUGUAUGGACUGUGCAAGGAAGCAGGCACCAUCGCUAGAGGGUUUCGUUUGCCUCGAGGAGUACAGAAUGCGGGACCUGAUGGACGUCUACGACAGUUUCACUCUGCAUCCAUCCUUAAGUGCCACGUCCUUGACAGCUCAGACGAGUCAAUCCUCUUGAGGUUACAUGCAGCACCGAUAUCUGGACUAUCUGGGAACGUUACGAUGAAGUUUGCCUCCCUUAAGGAAAGUGUCUGGUCAAGGGUGCCUUAGUGAAAUCUCUAGGAACUAAUGCAAGAGACUGUAUUCUCCUGGAGUGUUCCUGGCGGAGCUUGUAAUUUUCUAUAAAUGAAAAUUCGAAACUGUAGGCGACCAUCAAGACUGCCGAUUCUCCUUUGAUCUGCCUGUCUGCGCAUGU